AUGACGGCUGAGCUCACCAAGUUCGACAGUUUCGAGGCCGGCGACGACCACCUCAUCGUGCUCAGCAACACCAAAUCGCGCCGCAGCGACGACAACCGGGGCAGCCACUUGUUCAACGACUCCACCAGCUCCCGGCCGCCCAUCCGGGUGUUCCCGCUGAGGAAACGGGUCACCAUCGACGAUAUAUUGCUGUGGGACCACGACGACCGCUUUCGGCUUGUGGGCGAGUGCCUAUAUAAGGCCAACUACCCGGAGUACGGGAUGUGGAGCCGAGAACCUCUGGAGGUGAUGGAACCCCCCAAAUCCGACGACGGGUGCAUCAAUGGUCACUACCGGGCCCGGCUCGACGAGCUUAGAGGCGAGAUAAACGAUUUUGUCCGUGAAGCACAGCAUAUCCCCGAUAAUAAGAAGCACCCGUUGGGCAAGCUUCUAAAGCUAAUCCCCAUCUGUGGCGUCGUGUUAAAUCAGGUGGUGCUGCUGAUACAGGACCUUGACGAAGUGAUACGGGUAACUGGGGAGAAUGCCGUGCCCGAUUAUGCCAUCCAGCACGCCAUCAACGAAGAACUUCACUCGGUGUUUGCCGAUAUCAUUGAUCUCGACACCAAUACUUAUACCCUCUGCAAUUUGCGGCGCAUCAUCGCCAUUUUCAUCACGUUCGAAAAGGAAAACCCGGAAACUUUGGGGCACGUCGAUCGGUGGAGUAAGAGUCUCUGGCACGCGUUUGGCGACGACGUCGAGGCCGAAGACUUCGUGCGGCUAGUGGUGUUCCGGCUCCUAUUGUUGGGAGCGACGCCUCAGCUUGUUCGCGACGAAGUAUUGCGGCUUGUGGCAUCAUUCAUCGGCGACCAUCUGCCGCAAACGGUGGGGGACGCGGUAUACUUGUUGGACUGUGCCGUGAACGGCGACUUGUUGAAGAAGGGACACAAGGGCAAGGAUAAGGCGAAGAAGAAGAAAUAG